AUGGCCCAGCAGCGCCACGCCGUCCCCCCACCGCUCAAGACGGAGGAGGACUACAUCCCCUACCCCAGCGUGCACGAGGUGCUGGGCCGGGAGGGGCCGUUCCCCCUCAUCCUCCUGCCGCAGUUUGGGGGUUACUGGAUCGAGGGCACCAACCACCAGCUGAGCGGGGCACCCGAGUCCCCCCCCACCCCAGCACCCAGCACCCGGGCAAGGCUUGAGGGCAACCACACGGCCAAGAUCUACCGCAAGCACUUCUUGGGCAAGGAGCACUUCAACUACUACUCCCUGGACCCGGCGCUGGGCCACCUCGUCUUCUCCCUCAAGUACGACGAGCAGGAGCACCUCCACCUGCUGCUGCGCACCCGCGCCCGCACCCUGCAUGACGUGGUGCCCAUCUCCUGCCUGGCCGAGUUCCCCAACGUGGUGCAGAUGGCCAAGCUGGUGUGCGAGGACAUCAAUGUGGAUCGCUUCUACCCUGUGCUCUACCCCAAGGCGUCCCGCCUCAUCCUCGCCUUCGACGAGCACGUGCUCAGCAACCACUUCAAAUUUGGGGUCAUCUACCAAAAACUGGGGCAGACCUCCGAGGAGGAGCUUUUCGGCACCACGGAGGAGAGCCCGGCGUUCGCCGAAUUCCUCGACGUCCUGGGUCAACGGGUGCAGCUGCGGGACUUCAAGGGGUGCGUUUCGGGGGGGCUGGACGUGACCCACGGGCAGACGGGCAGCGAGUCGGUCUACUGCCACUUCCGCGACAAGGAGAUCAUGUUCCACGUCUCCACCAAGCUGCCCUACACCGAGGGGGACGCCCAGCAGCUGCAGCGGAAGCGUCACAUCGGCAAUGACAUCGUGGCCAUCGUCUUCCAGGACGAGAACACCCCCUUUGUCCCCGACAUGAUCGCCUCCAACUUCCUCCACGCCUUCGUGGUGGUGCAGCUGGAGCAGGGCGGCUCCCAGGGGACCCUCUACAAGGUCUCCGUCACCGCCCGUGACGACGUGCCCUUCUUCGGCCCGCCGCUGCCCGACCCCGCUGUCUUCAGGAAGGGCCCCGAGUUCCAGGAGUUCCUGCUGACGAAGCUCAUCAACGCCGAGUACGCCUGCUACAAGGCCGAGAAGUUCGCCAAGCUGGAGGAGCGGACGCGGGCGGCGCUGCUGGAGACGCUGCACGAGGAGCUGCAGGCCCGCAGCCAGGCCAUGCUGGGGCUGGGCCCCGACGACGACCGCCCCGACAACGGCGCCGCCGCCCCGGGUUUCUUCGAGUCCUUCAAGUCGCUGCUGGUGCCCGGGAGCCGGCGGGGACGCCGCGGCAGCGCCAUCGGGCUGGGCUCGGUGGAAGAGGCGCUGCUGGUGCCCGGGAAGAGCCCGUCGCGGCGGCGGCCCGGCCCGCUCGGCUCCCGCCGCUCCAGCGCCAUCGGUAUCGAGAGCAUCCAGGAGGCGCCGGCCGGCAGGGACGGCCCCGCCGCCGUCCCCGGUGCCCCCGAGGGCGCCUGCUCCACACACAGCUCCCCUGAGAGCCGCCGGCACCCCGACAGGAGAGCCGCUCGCCCUUGGGGACCCACCGUGACGCCUUCACCGACACCCCCUGGCCGGAUGACCCCCCGGUAUCCCCCCAGGUAGCCCAUCACCGGGGUGUCAGGCCGCUUAUCCAGCCCCCGCAUCACCCUGAAUCUCUCCCUGGGCAGCAAAUUGCCUUAA